UCAAGUGUUUAUAUUCAGCUUUAUAAAUUAUAUUAUAACCUCUUAUCCAUUCAUGUUAAUAUAUUUAAAUUUAUGCAAAAACUUUCUUCUUCCAGAUGUUUCGUUUGCCAUCAGUGCUUCGUGCAACAUGCUCUCGUCAACUUGCAUACAGAACAUAUGCAAAAGAUGUCAAAUUUGGAGCAGAAGUGAGAGCAACUAUGCUUCAAGGCGUUGACAUUCUCGCUGAUGCUGUUGCUGUCACCAUGGGCCCUAAAGGCCGCAACGUUAUUCUAGAACAAUCUUGGGGUUCUCCAAAAAUCACAAAGGACGGUGUCACAGUUGCAAAAGGUAUCGAACUUAAAGAUAAAUUCCAAAAUAUUGGAGCUAAAUUGGUUCAAGACGUCGCUAACAACACAAACGAAGAAGCUGGAGAUGGUACCACCACUGCUACUGUUCUUGCUAGAGCCAUUGCCAAAGAAGGUUUCGAAAAGAUAUCAAAAGGAGCAAAUCCGAUUGAAAUUCGUCGCGGUGUCAUGAUGGCUGUUGACACAGUGAAAGAAAAUCUUAAGAAAUUAUCACGUCCUGUAACAACACCAGAAGAAAUCGCACAAGUCGCAACCAUUUCAGCGAAUGGUGAUCAUGCUAUUGGUGACCUUAUCAGUGAAGCAAUGAAGAAAGUUGGAAAAGACGGUGUCAUCACAGUCAAAGAUGGCAAGACACUCACAGACGAACUCGAAGUGAUUGAAGGAAUGAAAUUCGAUCGUGGCUACAUCUCACCAUACUUUAUCAAUUCAUCAAAGGGUGCAAAGGUUGAAUUCCAAGAUGCUUUAAUUUUGUUAUCGGAGAAGAAAAUUUCAACUGUUCAGUCAAUCAUCCCAGCUUUGGAAUUGGCUAAUCAACAACGUAAACCUCUCAUCAUCAUUGCUGAAGAUCUUGACGGUGAAGCGCUCAGCACAUUGGUGGUAAAUCGUCUUAAAAUUGGACUUCAAGUUGCAGCUGUGAAAGCUCCAGGUUUUGGUGACAAUCGUAAGUCAACUUUAUCUGACAUGGCAAUCGCUACUGGUGGAAUUGUCUUUGGCGAUGAAGCAAAUCUUGUUAAGAUCGAAGAUGUUCAACUUUCUGAUUUUGGACAAGUCGGAGAAGUUGUCAUUACAAAAGACGAUACUUUGUUGUUGAAGGGACGAGGCGAACAGAGCAACAUUGAUCAACGGGCACAACAAAUCAGAGAUCAAAUCGAAGACACAACAUCUGAAUAUGAAAAAGAGAAACUUCAAGAAAGACUCGCUCGUUUAGCAUCGGGAGUUGCUGUAUUAAAAGUUGGUGGAUCAAGUGAAGUUGAAGUGAAUGAGAAGAAAGAUCGCGUCAAUGAUGCAUUAUGUGCCACAAGAGCAGCUGUUGAAGAAGGAAUCGUACCUGGAGGUGGCACCGCAUUACUCCGAUCAAUUCCAGCUCUUAAAACUCUGAAAGGUUCAAACGAUGAUCAAAACAUUGGCAUUGAAAUUGUUUGCCGAGCACUUCGUAUGCCAUGCUUACAAAUUGCUAAAAAUGCCGGAGUUGAUGGUUCAGUUGUCGUCGCUAAAGUUGAGGAAAACACCGGUGAUUUCGGAUAUGAUGCAAUGAACAAUGAAUAUGUGAACAUGAUCGAGAAAGGCAUCAUUGAUCCAACGAAGGUUGUAAGAACAGCUUUAACAGAUGCUGCCGGUGUUGCUUCUCUUCUCACAACAGCCGAAUGUGUCGUAACAGAAAUUCCAAAAGAAGAACCUGCUGUACCUAUGGGUGGAAUGGGCGGUAUGGGAGGUAUGGGUGGUAUGGGGGGCAUGAUGUAAAUUACGCCACGUUAAUUAAGCAGCUCAUAACUUCAGCCGUUACAUUCUCACAUGUUUCUUAUUUUUUUUAUUCUUACAAUAUUGAGAGAAGAAAAAAAGGGAAAACGACAGCAUUUAAGUUUUUUUUUAGUCCAUAGUAUGAUGUUCCAAAUGCAUUGAUAAUAAUUGCAUAGAUUACCCAGUUAUCACAUUGAAUGACUUUUAUUCAAGAAAACUAAUAUUAAGGAUUGUCUUUGGAAUGUCUUAUGACGUUGAUAUAAAUGGCAUUUUUCACUAUGUCGCCAUUUCGUCAAUAAGGCAUUAAAUUUACUACAAAAAAUAACUUCUGAAUUCAAUGUUCAAGACAUUGGCAGUUCUUGUAAUGUUAAAUUCACAAGUUGUACUGACGUUUAUCGAAGUAAAUAAAACAAAAGUUUAAGUAUGCGCGAGAUGAAGAAAUAAAGACUUUGUAUAAAAAAAUAAAUGUA